AUGAAUAGUACUAGAUUACGUCACAUUGAAAAUGCAUUAAAUAAUUUUAAUUUCAUGUCCCCUUUGGACAUUUAUAUGCGUUUAUAUUUUAAAAGUAAUAAUAUAAAGAAUAAAGAUAAACCGUAUAUUUCAGAACAUGUCUAUAAUAUUAUAAAAAACAAAACACUCUUAUCAUAUUUAUCUUCACCCAGUUCAUUGUAUACAAAUGUAAUUAAGACGUAUUUUUCUUCUGACAAGUGGAAAUAUGAAAUGAACAACGAAAAAAUACCUGCACAUGUCAGGUACUCUUUUCCAAAAGAAUUAUACAACCAGCUAUUAGAUUGCUAUGGUGAGAAGAAAAGCAUCACAUUAAUGUCUAUUUUAAAUGAAAAGGCUCCUGUUUUUUUACGUGUUAAUAACAAUAAAAUAUCGAGAAACGAAUUAUAUAAGACUUUAAUCAGUAAAGGAAUAUCAGUGGAAAAAUGUGUUAAUUCACCAUAUGGAUUAUUAUUAACAAAAAAUCAAAUAUUAAAAAAUAUUCAUGAAUAUAAAAAAGGUUAUUUCGAAAUUCAAGAUGAAGCUAGCCAAAUUGUGAGUUCAAAAAUACCUGUACAUCCAGGUGAUAAGGUGCUUGAUUAUUGUGCAGGGUCAGGUGGAAAAACAUUAGCAUUUUCAAUGUUAAUGGAAAAUACAGGAAAAAUAUAUUUACAUGAUAUACGUGAUCAAAUGUUAUCUCAAGCAAAAAUAAGAUUACGAAGAGCAGGAAUACAAAAUUAUAUUUUAUUAAAUUCAAAUCAUAUAUUAUUAAAAAAAUUAUUUGGUUAUAUGGAUGUCGUAAUUGUUGAUGCUCCAUGUACAGGUACUGGUGCUUUACGAAGAAACCCAGAAAUGAAAUAUAAAUUUACAAAUAAUAAAUUAUAUGAUUAUGUAAAAACACAAAGAGAAAUUUUUGAAAAUGCUUUGUUGUAUCUUAAGAAAAAUGGAAAAAUUGUUUAUAUCACAUGUAGUAUAUUGGAUGCUGAGAAUGUACAUCAAGCAAAAUAUUUUUGUCAGAAACAUAAUUUAUAUUUAUCUGAGGCACCUUUUCAUUCUUUACCUCAAUCAAAGGCGAUGGAUGGUUUUUUUUUAGCAACAUUUGAAAGAAAAGAAUGA